AUGACGUAAUGCCGAGGGCGACACGCAUGCAGGAGACUGGAGACCAACGUGACUAAAAUACUGUGAAGAAUCCCAGUUGCCAAAAUGGUCAAAUCCGGAAAACUUCGAUCCGGAGCGGGGCAGAAAUUAAAGCGGUGGAAGAAAGGACACAGCAGCGACUCAAAUCCAGAAACAAGUCGUUACAGAAACGCAGCGAGAAGUCGGUUUUUCAGCCGACCCUCUGAGAAGAGUGAUCUUACAGUAGAUGCUCUUAAACUCCAUAAUGACCUUCAGGCAGGGUGUUUGGAAAGAAGCAGUGAUGGGGCAGGAGAUGCCAUGGAGGAGCCUGCACUCACAGAGAAAACAUCAGGUACUUUUCUCAGCGGACUGUCGGACUGUUCCAACCUGACGUUUAGGAAAGUACAGCGAUACUGGGAGUCAAACUCUGCAGCACAUAAAGAGAUCUGCGCUGUAUUGGCAGCUGUCACAGAAGUGAUUCGAUCUCAAGGAGGAAAGGAAACGGAGACAGAAUACUUUGCGGCCCUGAUGACAACCCUUGAAGCUGUGGAUAGCAGCGAAUCACUAGCAGCUGUUGCCUACCUUCUCAACCUGGUCAUGAAAAGGGUACCUCCUGCAGUGCUAAAGAAAAAGUUUUCAGAGACAGCCAAGGCCUUUAUGGAUGUGAUGUCGAAUCAAGCCAGUUCUGAAUCUGUGUCCUGUCUGCGAUGGAUCUUAUCAUGUCUGGCAACCUUACUGCGUAAACAGGAUCUUUCAGUUUGGAGUUACCCAUCAACUCUACAGGUUUACCACGGCCUCCUCAGCUUCACUGUCCACUCCAAACCAAAGAUUCGAAAGGCAGCACAGCAGGGUGUUUGUUCUAUCCUCCGCGGCAGUGAUGUCAUGUUUUCAGAUGAUGCCCCAAGUCACCACCCAGCUGCAGUGACCACAGCCAAAUUCUGCUGCAAGGAAAUGGAGCAGUCAGGAGGCAACAAAGAGGACACUACCACUCUCCACGUGCUUGGUCUUCUGAAGGAGCUUCUGUCUACGUUUCCCCUCAGCUCUGUCAAGUCCUGCUGUGAGACUCUUUUGCGAGUGAUGACUUUGAGCCAUGUGUUGGUGACGGCAGGUGCAAUGCAGGCUUUCCACAAACUCUUCAGUAGCAAACCCGGUCCUUCCAGCAUGUCUGCAGAACUCAACGCCCAGAUCAUCACCGCCUUGUAUGACUAUGUUCCUAGCGAGAAUGAUCUACAGCCUUUACUAGCAUGGCUUGCUGUCAUGGAAAAAGCUCACAUUCAUCUGUCCAGUUUACAGAGCUCGCUGAGUCUCGGACAUCUUCCUCGCCUCUUCACCAUCACCAUGUCUUGUCUCCUGUCUCAGCACUCACAAGUGGUUUCAGCUGCGACGCAGACACUGAAAAAUCUGAUAAAUGAAUGUGUUGCUCCACAUUCGACUGAGAUCGGUCCUGUCCUACCAAGCACAACCACUGGAAACGCAGCCUAUGUCCUUAAGAUGUUUCACAUCGUGGAGGAAGGAUUGUCUUAUCGUUUUCAUGCCUCCUGGCCGUUUGUGCUGCAAAUUCUAGGCUGUUUUUAUAGAGCCGCAGGAAAACAGGCUCAUUCCAUUAUGAUUAAGAGUCUGCAGUCUCUCAGUGAUCUCCGGGCCACCCCUCGGUUCCCCUUCUCAGGAGAACUGGAUCUGGCUGUGGGUGGUGCAGUAGAGAGCAUGGGUCCAGAGGUGGUCCUGAAAGCUGUGCCCCUCCUCAUCACUGGAACAGAUGAUGAUCUGGAGUUCCCACGUAGCUGGCUGAUCCCGGUCAUAAGAGAUCAUGUGAAGAACACACAGCUCUCUUACUUUACAUCCUACUUUUUACCCCUGGCAAGCAAACUCAAACAGACAGCUGAAGAACUGGAGCAGUCAGGUCAGAAACUAAUGGCCAAAGUUUACCAGACCCUACAGCUGCAGAUCUGGACUAUGUUACCUGGAUUCUGCACUAAACCGACAGAUCUGGCAUCAUUUAAGAACAUUGCCCGGUCUCUGGGUAUGGCCCUCAGUGAACGCCCUGAUCUCCGCCUUUGCAUCUGUCAGGCUUUACGUGCGCUCAUCAACAAGAGCUGUGAGACAGAGGAAGAAAAGGCUGAAGUGAGUCGUUUUGCCAAGAACUUUCUUCCCAUCUUGUUUAACGUGUACAGCCACCAGCCUUCACCCGGAGAAGUGGCCUCUGCGAGGAUGGCUGUCCUGGACACAAUCAGAGUUUACCUGACCAUCACUGAGGAAAAGAUGGUGUGGACGUUCCUGCAGAAAGCAUCAGAGAGACUUGACAGCAAGGACAGCUCGGAGUUCACACGGCUCGCUGUUAUGGACCUGAUUGUAGCCAUGGCUCCAUUUGUGAAUAAAGCAUCUAUGAAACAAACAUAUGAACUGAUUAAACCUUACCUGGAGAGCAAGGACUCUGGCAUCCAGAAGAAGGCCUACAGGGUGUUGGAGGAGAUGUGUGGAGGAGAGAGGGAACCCUGUAAGGCUUUUGUUCUGGGAAAUCUUGAGCAGCUAAAGAAAACUCUGCUGGACAGCCUGAAAACGGCGGCCUCACCUGCCAAAAGGCCCAGAUUGAAGUGUCUGAUCCACAUAGUGAAGCAGAUAAAUGAAGAACACAAGGAUUUUAUUAUCACUCUGCUUCCUGAGGUCAUUGUUUGCACAAAGGAAAUGUCUAUUGGUGCCCGUAAAAAUGCCUACACACUCCUGGUUGAGAUCGGCAAAGCUUUUGAACGCUUUUGUGGGAAUACGAAAGACGCUGUGAAUGAAUAUUUGGGCCAUAUGUAUGUUGGACUCAUUGGCUCCGUGACUAUGAUUACCUGCACAGUGCUGGCUCUUACAAGACUAGUGUUUCAUUACAAAGAUUCAAUAGAUGUGUCCUCACUGGAACAGCUGCUGCACAACAUCUGUCUGCUGCUCACCAGCAGGACACGAGAAAUCGUCAAAGCCUCUAUGGGCUUCCUUAAGGUCCUUCUCUUCGUUCUGGAUGUAAAAGUGCUAGCCGGUCAAAUGACUGUCAUUAUGGAAGGCAUCAGUAAUAUGAGAGAUGAUAUGCGAAGACAUUUUAGGAUAAAACUCAAGAGCAUUUACACUAAAUUAGUUCGAAAAUUUGGGUUUGAGCUGGUAAAGAGCAUGUUGCCUGUCGAGCACCACAAGGUCCUUGCGAACAUCCGUAAAGUGGAGGCCAGAAGUAAAAGACGCAAGAUGCUGGAUAAGACAGACGAGGAUGGAUCAGACUCGGAGGAAGAGACAUCUAAUGUGAAGGGAGAGAGCAUCGAGGACAUUCUGGCUGAAACCGACGAAUCCGACUCAGAAGACGAGAAGCCCAAAAAGGGUCAGAAGAAGCAGGUAAAGAAAAAGGGCCAGGCAUGGUUGAAGGAAGGAAUAUCUGAUGAACCACUCAACUUCCUCGAUCCAAAGGCAGCACAGCGAGUUUUGGCCACCAAUCCGGCCCUAAAGAAGACUGCCAAAGUUGAGCAUGGGUUCAAGGUGACAUCAGACGGACGACUGAUUAUCAAAGACGAGGAUGAUGAUGAGGGUGACAAAGCUAAAGACACAGAAAUGGAUGAUAUACUUGAAGAGGCUGGAGUCAAAACUAAGAAGAAUCAGAAGAGAAAAAUGCAAGAUGAUGAUCUAGAUGAUAAUAUGGACAUUGAACCCACAAUGAAAUACAAAGCUGGUGGCGUAGGCAUCCACAGGCCUUUGGGUGAAGUUGGCACAGAGUAUAAAUCUAAGAAGGGAAGGGGUGACGUGAAGAAAAAAGGCAAAGUUGACCCGUACGCUUACAUUCCUCUGAAGAAAUCCCAACUCAACCGCAGGAAAAAGGCCAAACUGCAGGGCCAGUUCAAAGGUAUGGUCAGAGGAGCCAAGAAAGGAGCGCUUUCAGGAAAGAGAACAUUGCAGAAGAAGAGGAAAGCUUGAGAUUCACAUCAACACGAUCCAGUUACUCAUAUUCGUAUGCUGAGAGACUUAAAUUUGACUUUAUCUGCAGGACAAAAUGAUGUACUGAUGGUUCUUCCUAGAGCUUUGCCCUUGAUUUUCAUGGAAUAAUGGGAUUUGACGCCUGAUGCAUCAUUUUUUCCUGUACAAAUGCUUCCUGUGAGAACUUCCUGUGGAAGUGUCUCUUCAAAAGAUGUUUGCUGUGGAUUGUAAACCAAUAGCAUGUUGAUGAUAGCUUUGUGCAAAAUAUAUUUAUGUACUCGCUACUGUAUGUUGGAUAGAAAAUAAACCGUUGCUGAUUUCAGAG